GGCUGACUUCUAUAUACAUCGUUGUGAUGAUAUAAUGUGUUUUGGGAUUGCGUAAGGCUUUAACUUGUCACUUGCAAUAGGAGAUUACCAUUGAUUUCAUGUAUACUUACGAGCACCGAUAUCCCUGGGGAAAUUUCUUCGGCGGUUUGGACGAUGGAUUGUUGGCGAGAGCGGAGGCUUUGGCAGCCGUGGAUAUAUCCAAAGCUUCAUCCCCCCAGCUGAUGAAACCCGAUGGCUUCUAUGGUCACGACUUGGGCGGCCACAACCCGGCCAAUUCCCGACCCCCUCAAAUGUCUUUCCACUCGUACGGCCCCACGGACAGCAUGUUGGACCAGCUACAGUCUGCCCCACCCACGGGCGCCGGCAUGCCUCUAAGUUCGAUGCCGGAGCACCACCCCACGGCAGCUUCCACACACCACAGCCAUCACGGUCCCCAUGGCCCCCACGGACCGCACCCUCUUACCCAUCAGAUGUACCCCCCGGUCUAUUCGUGUGCCAACACCAUGAACACACACCAUCCCAUGAGCUCCCACCAUAACAUGCAUCAUGUACCCAUGCACGACAUGGAUUGUGACCCUCGAGAACUGGAGGCCUUUGCGGAACGCUUCAAACAGAGGAGAAUAAAGUUAGGGGUAACUCAGGCGGACGUGGGGUCUGCUUUGGCCAAACUGAAACUCCCGGGGGUCGGGGCACUCAGUCAGAGUACGAUCUGCAGGUUCGAAUCUCUUACCUUGAGUCACAAUAAUAUGAUAGCUUUAAAACCCAUCCUACAGGCCUGGCUAGAGGAAGCAGAGAAACAAGCGCGAGAGCGGAAAAUGGACGAAGAUGGAAUGAUGGCAUGUAACGGGGACAAGAAACGAAAAAGGACCUCUAUAGCUGCCCCAGAGAAAAGGUCACUGGAAGCAUACUUUGCGGUGCAACCUCGACCAUCGGGAGAAAAAAUUGCUCAAAUCGCAGAAAAAUUGGACUUAAAGAAAAAUGUUGUGCGAGUUUGGUUUUGUAAUCAACGUCAAAAGCAGAAAAGAAUGAAAUUUUCCGCUGUAAAUCACUGAUAAGAUUAUAAGGUGUGUUUUCAUCGUGACAAUUAAGACAUUCCCUGUGGUUCUCAGAGUGGUAUACAUAUACAUUUCGUAUGUAAAUGGCGCCUGGAAAUCUGUGUAUAUUGCACGCAGAGAAUGUUUGAACCCAUGCAAUUAUAGGUUAC